AUGAAGUCGAAAUCACAAAUGAGAUCAAAUAUUUGCAGUUAUAAAUUAUAGAGCACAUAAGGAGACAUCAAAUAAAGAUGGUUGAAUAGUUAUGAUAACAAAGGAGUUUUUGAAAGACUAAAUGUAUAUGAAGAAAAUAAUAUUAAAUAGGUUGGAAUUUUAUAGAUGAUACACACCAAAAUCUUGUCUCUAUAAUUCAAUUUUUAAUUCUAAUAUUGA